GGCAGGCACAACCUAACAAACACAUAAUUAAUUAUGGAGUAUUAUAUAAUUAUAUUCUGGCCCAGGAAACAUGCAUCAAACGCAGAACAGUUCAUGCUCCUCACAGCUAAUCAGCUUUGGCGCCAUUGUUUAAGGAGACGAGAAGAGGUUAGAGGAGACUGCUGACAGAAGGUCCUACAGCUUAGUGGCAAUGGAUCCAAGAGCUAUGGAGAUUGAGCGGCCAUCAUCCGGGGAGGAGCAUUACGCCGAGGAGGUGGAGGUUAAGAGCAAGCUGGGGAAGAGAAGCUGGGUGGAAUCCAAGAAGAUGUGGGAGAUAGCGGCGCCAUGCAUUCUCACGGGGGUGGCUCAGUUCUCCAUUGGCCUUGUCACGGUGGCGUUUGUGGGUCAUCUCGGAUCUGUGGAACUCGCUGCUGUCUCCGUUGUUCAGAAUGUCAUCGAAGGUUUCGUUUAUGGAGUCAUGCUAGGGAUGGGAAGUGCGCUAGAGACUUUGUGUGGCCAAGCUGUUGGUGCUGGACAGUAUGACAUGCUUGGAAUCUACCUGCAAAGAUCAUUUAUCAUCACUCUAUUCACAGCCUGUUUGCUAACACCUUUCUAUGUAUUCGCAUCACCACUGCUAAAGCUUCUUCGUCAGAACAAUGACAUUUCAGAGCUUGCAGGGAAGUAUGCAACCUGGGCCAUUCCUCAACUGUUUGCUUAUGCAUUGAAUUUCCCUGUCCAAAAGUUCCUUCAAGCUCAGAGUAAAAUAUGGGUCAUGACAGUAAUCAACAUAGUCGCAUUGGCAUUUCAUGCUGUGCUGAAUUGGGUAUUUGUGACGAAGUACAGAAAAGGACUGGUUGGUGCUGCCAUUGUAGGAAAUAUAACUUGGUGGCUUGUGGUUGUAGCUCAAAUUGUUUACGUCGUGGCUGGUUUCUUCCCCAAGGCAUGGACUGGAUUUUCCUUGAAAGCUUUCAAAUCACUCUCCGGUUUUGUGAAGCUGUCACUUGCUUCAGCUGUGAUGUUAUGCUUAGAGUUGUGGUAUUACACCGUCGUGAUCCUCAUGGUUGGCUGGUUAAAGAAUCCUGAAAUUGCAGUAGAUGCCAUAUCUAUCUGCAUGAAUCUGCAACUCUGGACGUUGAUGAUCACUCUAGGCUUCAACGCUGCAAUCAGUGUGCGUGUUUCCAAUUUACUUGGAGCUGGCCAUCCAAAAGCAGCAAAAUUUGCAGUACUGGUGGCCGUAGUCACAUCAACCUUUUUUGGAAUUCUAUUUACAGUUGCAGUGUUUGCAACAGAUAACGAGUUUCCAAAGCUGUUUUCUGAUAAACCUGAGGUCAUAAAGGAGGCAUCCAAGCUGGGAUACUUCUUAGCAGUAACCAUCCUCCUCAACAGCAUCCAACCUGUGCUCCAUGGGGUUGCUGUUGGUGCAGGGUGGCAAUAUUCAGUCGCUAUUAUAAACAUAGGUUGCUAUUAUGUUUUCGGCCUUCCUCUAGGCGGCUUGCUCGGCUACAAAGCAAAGCUUGGUGUGAAGGGAAUCUGGUCAGGAAUGUUAGCCGGUGCAUUACUUCAAACAAUCAUUCUGCUCCUGAAAAUGUUCCGGGCCAACUGGAAUACAGAGGCAGCAAAGGCAGAACAGCGUAUCAAUGCAGCUCAGCCCGGAAACAGAGAAGAGCAAAUAUGAUUGCUAUCAUAGAGCAUAGUAUGAAAUAUGAAUGACAAUAUAUAAUUGCUUAGAAAAGGAAAGGAAACUGUAAGCCGAUAUUUCUAGCAUUAGAGUUUGCAAGAGAUUUUAGGGAAUAAUGUGCAAUCUGGAAAUUUGUCACUGGAGAAACAUUGUAAAUACUCUCAAGAGUAUUCUUUAAGGACUUCAAAUCAAUACAAAGGCCUAUUAUACACUCAA